AUGAUUCCUCCGCCAGAAAACCUCAACAAAAGGCAGUCUUACUCUAAAUCGACGGAGAUAUCAACGGAUGGCAAGACUUUUGAUUUCAAUUAUGUGAACCGAAGACAAAGAGUGAGAACAGAUGACGACUACUUCGACGACGACGAGGAGGACCAGCAACAGCCCGAUUACAUACCAAAACCCGGCAGUCCUUCGGCGCAGACCAGCGCUCGCGUCGACGAUAAUGAGGACGACUCGGAAGACGACCCGUUGGACGCCUUUAUGGCAGACCUCGAGAAGCAGACAAAACCCGACAAAACAAAGACAAAGCCAUCCAUUGCUGCCAAACGCGAGACACCGAUACCUAUGAAGAGUAGUGUCGGUCCGAAAGCAACCAAAAGUUCGGACACUAAAGGCAUUAGAGAUGACAUCGAAAGAGAAGACGCGGAAGAAUCGUAUUAUCGAUAUAUGGAAGAGAACCCAAUGGCAGGCGUCGGCACUCUUGCGGCCAACAGUGACGACGAGUUGGACGACACGGAGUAUGACGCGGACGGACACCCCAUAGGAGACCACAAUUCAAAAAUGAUUGAUCCGUUGCCACCCGUAUAUCACUCGCAGAUCACUUACGAGUCUUUCGAAAAGAACUUUUAUGCCGAACCCGAAGACAUCAAAGAGUUGUCGACAAACGAUUGCAAUCAAUUGCGACACAAAUUGGGAAUUAAAGUCUCCGGUCUUUUGCCGUCGAAACCGGUGACCAGUUUUGCACACUUCGGGUUUGACGACCAACUCAUGAAAAGUAUCCGCAAAUUAGAGUACUUCCAGCCGACGCCCAUUCAGGCACAGGCCGUCCCCACAGCCCUCAGCGGUCGUGAUAUCAUCGGUAUAGCAAAGACUGGGUCCGGAAAAACGGCGGCAUUUAUUUGGCCUCUUUUGGUCCAUAUUAUGGAUCAGCCGGAGCUAAAGACAGGCGACGGACCCAUUGGUCUGAUUUUAGCGCCCACUCGAGAGUUAGCCCAACAGAUAUACACCGAAGCGAAGAGAUUUGGCAAAGUUUACGGCAUUAAUAUAGUGUGCGCUUACGGCGGAGGCAACAAAUUUGAACAGUCAAAGGAUCUCGAGUCGGGCGCAGAAAUAGUGGUCGCGACUCCCGGCCGAAUUAUCGAUUUGAUUAAAAUGAAAGCCACAAACCUAUUGCGGGUGACGUUCCUAGUGUUGGAUGAGGCGGACCGCAUGUUUGACAUGGGAUUUGAGCCUCAGGUCAGGUCUAUUUGCAAUCACGUCCGACCCGAUCGACAAACACUUAUGUUUAGCGCAACCUUUAAGAAAAAGGUCGAGAAGUUGGCCAGAGAUGUACUCUUGGAUCCGAUUCGUAUAGUACAGGGAGAGGUGGGCGAAGCGAAUGAAGACAUUAUGCAAGUGGUGUUGGUCUUAGAAUCCGGGCCUAAAAAGUGGGAAUGGCUUACGACUAAGAUUGUUGAGUUCACUUCAAGCGGAAGUGUUUUGAUUUUUGUGACCAAAAAAGCAAACGCAGAGGAAUUGGCGAUAAACCUAAAGACUCAUGACAUGAAUUUGUCUCUAAUUCAUGGCGACAUGAAUCAGAACGAGAGGAAUAAAGUGAUGACUGAAUUCAAACGCAAAGAGUUCCCAAUUCUUGUGGCGACAGAUGUGGCCGCGCGUGGACUCGACAUCACACAUAUCAGGACUGUUAUUAACUACGAUAUCGCCAGAGAUAUAGACACUCACACUCACCGAAUUGGUCGCACGGGUCGGGCCGGCGAGAAGGGCGUCGCCUACACAUUGGUUACCGACAAAGACAAAGAAUUUGCUGGACAUCUGGUCAGGAAUCUGGAGGGCGCUAAUCAAGAAGUGCCUCCAAAUCUGUUGGCUCUCGCAAUGCAAAGCGAAUGGUAUAAGAAAUCGAGAUUCAAAGACAAGGGCGCGAAGAAACUCAAUGUCGGCGGCGCUGGUCUUGGCUUCAAAACUAGACCACGACUUGGAUUGGGAGCAAAGUCCUCGACGUCGGCCACCAAUUACGAGAGUCACGACAGCUAUUCUUCGAGUGUCAUCUCUUCAGUGCCCGCAAACACCUCAUCACCGAAAGACUCGCCGCAACCAAACCGAGUGAAUGCAAUGAGAAAUGCAUUUCAGGCUCAAUACAAAUCCCAGUUCACGGCCGCCACUGACACCAGUUGGACGGCCAAUACGGGCGCCGACGAUAAGCCUCGCAAAAAGAGUCGCUGGAAUUGAAUGUCUGGCCUUUAAGAUACUUUUUAUGUCCUCAAAACCAUCAGAUUAUUAAUAAUUAAUGUUUCAAUUAUUGUCAUAAAAAACACUGCACUUCGUCUCCAAAAGUUUUACAAUGCAGUGAACGCUGCGCUCGAGUGGUCAGUAUGUGAUGUGAACGUAGCGUUCACUGCAUUAAAACCUGUGCCGACGGCUCACCUGAAGGGCCGGUCAUAUCGUAUCACUCGCUGUAU